AUGAGUAGGACUGCGCAGAUUGUCUAUCGAGAGGAAGGGGACUCCCAUGGGGAGCGGGGGAGGGGGUGGAAGAUCACAUGGAGUAUCGCCGCCCAGCAGCCGCGAUUCUACCAGUCGGCGAAUAUCACCAUUGAGGCUAUGACCAACGCUGGCGUGGCCGACGAGCUUGUCGCCGACGUUGGUGCGUUGAUGACGAGCGAGCGUGAUAGUCUCAUUGCCCUCGAGGAUCCGGAACAGACGGGCACAGCUGAAAGAGGCGCGCUGGCCGAAGGCGUAAUUGGACGCCGUAGUCUUGACUUCCUCGUCGACACCCUCCAGCGCACCACCACGCACGCUCUCCAGGCCAUCACCUUGAUCGCCCCACGAGGACAUGGCAACAUUGUGCGCGCCGACAUUGUGCCCAAGCGCAUGCACGAUGUCGAUAACGUCGAGACCACGGUGGCGCUCGCAGAGCCUUUGCAACUUUACACGGACGAAUCGUGGACAGCAACCACCUCUCUGUCGACCCUCUUCCGCACCGCCGCGGGCGCCAUUCGUCUAAGCCCACUGUCAGAGGGGACCAUUGCCGACGCCUGGACAGCACUUGAACCCGAGCUGGAGAACCGCCUGAGUGUGCCGCUCCUGCUCACCGGCCUGAAGCGCCAACUGCUGUUCAUGGUCGAGGGCGGGCUUAGCUUUCCCUUUGCCGGUGCUUGCUCGUGGCAACUCUAUGAGACGGCAAAGUCGCUGGGUAUCGAUCUCGUCGUCCUCGCAGAGGAGGGCCAUUCGCUCAAGCAGCAACCCGAAUUCGCCCACUGGUGUCACGACUUCGUUCCCAUACAAUGCGGCUAUGAUGCCGAAUUCCAUGCGAGAAUCGUUUCCGCCGUCAAGCAAUAUGAGCAAGACUCUGGCAGAUCGGCAGACGGACUCCUCACAGCGUAUGAGAGCUACCAUAUCCCUGUCUCGACUGCCGCACAACAGCUUGGCUUGUCCUACGAACCCUUGUCUGCGUACGAGGUUGCGACGGACAAGUUCAAGACUAGUCUCUCCGAAGGCCGCAAGUCCUACACGGCAUCAAAUGUGGACGAAGCUUUGCAUAUUGCGAGGUCCGAGACCUUGCCGUGGCCGCUCAUCAUAAAGCCGUGUCGCGGAUGGGCGUCGGAGCUGGUGUUCAAGGUGGACGACAUCCAACAGUUGGAACAGUUCGCUCCCCGCAUGAGAUCCGAUAGCCACGGCGCCCAAUUUGUCAUGGAGCAUUACUGCAGUGGUCCCGAAGUCGAUAUCAACUUUGUCUUGUAUGAUGGCCAAGUCUGUUUCUGGGGUGUGGUGUCAUCCUUCUUUCCUUUUCGUAACACAAGCUGA